GCAAUAGUGAAAAAUGUAAUCAAACUAACAGAGGAAGAAGAUCUGACGGAAAAAGAACAGCUCGACAUGCUACAGAACUGUGAUGAAAUUGAUGAAAGUGGUUUAACGACACCGCCACCUAAAUUGCAAUUACUGUCAAGUUCUGUGACGCCAGAAAAUAUAGGAAAGAGUAGAAAUGUCAAAAAGUCAAACCGCUGA